CCCGCGGACCACGUGACUCCGGUCCUCCUGGUUUUAAAAAGAACCGCUACCGCCGCUGCAGAUACUCUCUCCACGGCUUCAGCGGAGGUGGAAGGUAUUUAACCAUCCGAGCGGCUCUGUGUGCAACCCGACACUUCUGCAGCCUGUCUGCCGACGGUGCGCGCUAACCCCGCGCGUCUUGGAAGCGUCGUUUUUGUGGCUGACCUGCAUCCUGCAAACUCUUCCUGGUCGCGGACCUGCUGCCCGGGGAUGGAUCUGGACCACAGGAGGACAUUUGGCGCCUCCGUUUUACUGACCUGUGUGAUCGUCUGCAGUAAUGUGCCGUAUGCCGCCGGUGCGUACCAGUACAACAACCGCUACGCAGGCGACCAAAUCUUCAGGAUUACACCGACUAGCGACGCAGAGGUACGAGCCCUCCAGAAAAUCCUGGGACAGAUUAAGGUGGACUUCUGGCAGCCCAACAGUGCUUCUCUAAUGCAUCAAAAUGCAACGGUGGAUGUUCACGUGAAACGAAAUGACACACAAGAUCUGCACGCCCGAUUAAAGCUGGAAGGGAUCAAAUAUCGGGUGUUUAUCUCCAAUCUGCAGAAUGAAAUUGAAAAGCAGAGCGGCUAUCGCUCCUCUCGCAAGCGGAGAUCAGAGUCUCAGUACGACUACGAGGUUUACCACCCGCUGGAAGAGAUUCAGAACUGGAUGUUUGAAAUGAACAGAAGUCGCCCCGAGCUUGUCACUUUGUUCUCUGUGGGGAAGUCCUACGAAGGAAGACCACUUUAUGUGCUUCAGCUAGGAAAGAGAGGCCGCCCGCAAAAGAAAUCCGUGUGGAUUGACUGCGGCGUUCACGCCAGGGAGUGGAUUGGACCCGCUUUCUGCCAGUGGUUUGUCAAAGAGGCACUCAGCUCAUACAAGUAUGACUCUGUGAUGACGCGACUGCUCAACCAUCUUGACUUCUUCAUCAUGCCCGUCUUCAAUGUGGAUGGCUAUCGCUUCAGCUGGAACACGGACCGGUUCUGGAGAAAGACUCGUUCCAAAAAUCACAAGUUCCACUGCAGAGGUGUGGACGCCAACAGAAACUGGAAGGUGAAAUGGUGUGAUGAGGGCGCUUCCUCCCAUCCGUGUGACGACACCUACUGCGGCCCGUUCCCUGAAUCCGAACCCGAAGUCAAAGCGGUUGCCAAGUUUCUGCGCAAGCACAAGAAGCGCAUGAAGGCGUACAUAUCCAUCCAUGCCUACGCGCAGAUGCUCCUUUACCCGUACUCCUACAAGUACGCUGCAAUCCCCAACUUUAACUGUGUGGAGUCAGCAGCUCAGAACGCAGUGACGGCGCUGCAUUCUGCUUAUGGAGUGAGGUACAGAUACGGACCUGCCUCAACAACCUUGUAUGUUAGCUCUGGCAGCUCUAUUGACUGGGCCUACAGGAACGGGAUUCCCUAUGCGUUCGCGUUUGAGCUAAGGGAUACGGGUCAUUUUGGGUUCCUCCUGCCGGAGUCUCUGAUCAAGCCCACCUGCACCGAGACCCUGAGAGCCGUGAAAGCCAUCGCGUCGGGUCUGCUGAAGAAGUGCAACACGGAGAAGAACAGAUUUCCGUAUAUUUGAACAAUACUCUGGUUGAGUUUUAAAUUCCUCCCACGAGUUAUUAGGUGACGAACUCAAAAAGACAAUCGGCCAAAGUAACUUUUUGUUUUUUCGCAUUUCGUAAAUGGUCUUGGUGGCCUCAGGGUGCCUGCAUAAAAUUCUUUUUCACAGCAAAUGGUAGGAACAUGAGCACUUGACAAGCUAUGGUGGCACCUUAAAACUAAAAUAAAAACUUAUAUAGACAGACUGGGUGAUGUAUGUAUGUAUGCACAUGCCUGCGGGAUCCUCUGCAUUUGCAUGGUCGUCAUAUAGCAAGGAGCAGCUCUGUGUCGAGAUUUAUAAUAGGCCCUUUGUGGUUUUCUCAUCUCUCCUGGACAUUUCAUUUGUUUCCCUGUGGAUCUGUUAAGAAUUGCUGUUUCUCUUUGUGAAUGAUUGAACCAGCCGUUCAAUCAUUUUUGUCAUGCGAGGUGAUCCACAGCAGGAACUAAUCUGAUGCUGAGAUUGAACCUUUCCGACGCCUGGCUGCAGUUUGAACGGUUAAUUCUGCUUAGUUUUAAACUUCAUCUGCAGGUUUAUUUUAGAAUUGUAUUUUGAUAUGUUUGGUAUUUUUUACUUUCAGCAAAUUAUCUCUUACCCAGAUUUCCAUUGCACUUCAGCUUUCAGCAAAUUUCUGCUCAUGCCUUCAGAAUUUCCAUGACAUUAGCACAGGAGUUGCAUUUUUUUUAUUCUCUCAUUUACAACUACGUUUGUGGCAUGCAAUGUUACAAAGAAGAGACAAUGGGCUUUUGUUUUUGACCAACACUGUGGCAACACUGUUGAGUCCAAUUACCAAGGAAUGGCUCUGUCAGUGAGCUCAUAUACAUCCCUUUAUGUGGAAAUGUAUGUGCCCUCUUACGGAUUUGUUAUGUUUUAUUUAGUCAAACUGCACAUUUAGAUCAAAUAUUUUAAUAGACAAACCUAUCUUGAGUAAACACAAGCUGUAGUUUCCAAUUGAUGUUUACUAAAGGGGAAUAAAGGUCAUCCACAGCUGAAAGAAGCCAGGAGGCCUCCUGGGUACAUGCAGGAAUCCACCUCAACAAGGGUGUGGGAGAAAAUGUGCCGUACGUGUGAGUAAUUUUUCUUUGGGGUGUGGUAAGCUCUGGGGUUAAAUGUUGCCAAGGCAUGAAACAAUAAACACUUGUAAAAAGAUUAACAGAAAGUUAAUUCUCAUGUAGACCUGAUGAUUUCCACCUCCACGUAAUUUCACUUA